CACUCUCAUGAGCACACCUCAGGCUGCGGCCGCUCAGCUCGAUGAAGACCUCUGAGCGGGAUGUAGGCCAACCUCCUCCGCCGUAGCCUUACGCAUGGUGCGUGCUGACGUCAGAGCGUCAGCUGGCUGAAUGUUUACAUCCAGCAGUGGUGUGUUCCUGACUGGACCCCCCGACGACACACGGCUGAGCAGAAGAACCCCGCGGGGAAAGAGAGCUCACCUCGAGGUUCUUUACAGGUCACAUGAUGUUUGUUGAGAUGGUGACAUACGUGUGACGGUAAACUUCCUGUCUGCAGUCAUCAUGGGCGGAGCUGUGAGUGCAGGUGAAGAUAAUGACGACCUGAUCGAUAACCUGAAGGAGGCGUACUACAUCCGCUCAGACCUGGUGGAGCGCGCCUUCAGAGCCAUCGACCGCGCAGACUACUAUCUGGAUGAAUACCGUGACAACGCCUACAAGGACUUAGCAUGGAGACACGGGAACAUCCACCUGUCUGCUCCAUGUAUCUACUCUGAGGUGAUGGAGGCUCUGGACCUUCAUCCUGGACUCUCCUUCCUCAACCUGGGCAGCGGGACCGGAUACCUCAGCACCAUGGUUGGCCUCAUACUAGGACCGUUUGGAGUGAACCAUGGGAUCGAACUUCAUGCAGAUGUGAUCGAGUACGCCUAUCAGAAGCUGGACUCCUUUAUUAAAACCAGCGACAGCUUUGAUAAGUUUGAGUUCUGCGAGCCAUCCUUCGUGGUGGGGAACUGCCUGGAGAUCCCUGCAGACAGCCGACAGUAUGACCGGGUGUACUGUGGGGCGGGAGUGCAGAAGGAGCACGAGGAGUACAUGAAAAACCUGCUGAAGCUGGGGGGCAUCCUGGUCAUGCCUCUGGAGGAAAAGCUGACGAAGAUCACUCGAACAGGUGUGAACAGCUGGGAGACCAAAAAGAUCAUCUCCGUGUCCUUCGCUCCUCUGGUGCUCCCUAAACACAGCACCAACGGGAAACCCAAGACCGCCCCCCUGCCCAGGUAUGAGGUCCGGACGCUGCAGGAGCUGUCUCGUAUCUGCAUCCGCCACACCCUGAGAGUGACCACGGACGGAGGAGACAGCCAAUCACGUGGCAGAGGCUCCUCUUUCAGCGUGGGGAGGGGCUUGGCGGUGGCCGGGCUCCAUAAGUACGGCCCUCGCUUCAAACGCCGCCGUGUCCACCGGCGUCAUUGUAACGCUCUGGUCCUCGCCACACGGCAGGUAGUGGCCAGCAGCGGCAUUGGCCCCACCCCUCUGGACAGCAACAACAACCAGGGAGGAAGAGGGGAAGACGAGGAGGAGGCGGGGGAGAGGGAGAGAGAGGCCAGGCGACAGCUGAGAGGCAGCAGGAGGAGUGGCAGAGGAGCGGGGGCGGUGGUGGAGGAGGAGGAGACUGUGGAGGAGGAGGAGGAAGAGGAGGAGCAGGAAGAGGAGGAGGAGAGGGAGACUGGGGAGCUGCUCCGUCCACAGCCAGCCGUGAACCUCCUCAGAGAGAGGAUCCUGAACCUGCCACUCCCUGAGCCCCUGAAGAUGUACCUGCUGUACUAUAGAGAGAAGUGAGCCCCCCCCCCCUGAGAGAACCAGAGCCAGGUCUGAGUUUAACACCCGCCCCCUCCUGGACCACAUGCUCCCACCUGACUGACCCACACACACACCUGGAGCCACUCCCAUCAGCUGUCCCCCAAAUAUCAUCGUCUCUGAUCUUCAUCUCCUGACCCUGUACAGACUGAAAGGGGGGGUACACACACACACACACACACACACACACACACACACACACACACACACACACACACACACACACAAUCACACAGACACACAAUCACACACACACACACACACACACAAACACACAAACACACACACACACUCAGUUAUCAGUUUGCUGUGCAACUACAUGCUAACAAGUGAUCCACAGAUUGUAAAAGUCUUGUCAUCUUCACUCGCGCUGCGUUCUGACAACGAGUAUUUGUUCUCAAUCCAGAAUCAGAAUCAGGAACUCAUCAGAAAUCAUGCCGAACAUUCCUCCUCUGAUACAUGAGUUACUAAAACACUGAUCACAAACACGGCCCAGAGGUUAAGUUCAGGGACUGAAUGAGCUGAAGGGACACCUAGAAGACAGCUCCCACCUGUCACUCAAAGAGGCCACGCCCCUAUCCCUCCCUUUAAUCCUAAUCUAACGCAAACAGGUGAGUUGUAUAUAAAUUCAGCCGUACAGUUUUCAUGAAUAGAUAAAUGGGCUAUAGAGACCCAACCUGU